AUGCUACACAGUAAUGGAGGAAGUGGACUGGGCGAAAAUGCUGUUCCCGUUCAGUCUGAAGGACGCCUGAGAUGGACACCCGAAAUACCAGACAUCGACUGCGACGAAAUUCCCAUCCUUCCUGAUACCAUUGUCUACGCCGAAAGUUCCGAUGGGGACGUCUACGAUGCAGCCACAUUUGCAAAACACAGAGCCGAGAGGGAGUGGAAGACUAGACAGAACGCCAACGCAUACCUCAGAGGCGAGAAUCUAUGCAUAUCUACAGCCGAGCUGAGAGGACCCUUCAAUAACGGCUGGCAGAAUCCGUGGGCUGCUGGACCGCGGGACAGAAAAGACGAUAGGGCCGAACGAGCACAAACUGUAUUGACCUCGGACUUUGGUGACGAGACUCCAUGGAGGAGGAAAUCACGUCUACGAUCCCAACUUAAUGAUUUGGCCCAGCGCCGCAAAGAGAAGAGCAGGGAUCACCACUUCGCCCUUCUUGCGAAGACAUCUAUCACCAAGCAGAUGACCCCUGAUGAGAAGAUUGAUUCGUGGUUGAGGAAAGGCCAUGCCUACUCUCAGCCGUCCGAUGAGGAGAACCUUGACGAACCUGGCUCACCGACACCUGGAAGAUCGAGGCGCCUAUUUUCUACUCGCGACAGAACUCCUAUAGAACAGCUCAUCAAUGUCAAUAGUCAACAUGCUCGAGCUCCUCUCCGACUACCUGACAACGAGGCCACGGACUCUUUUGAGACAGCAGUUGCCAUUCCACACGAGCCCGAGAAAACCCACCUUCGCCUACAAAGUGCUCUUGCUGUCGAGCCACCUACCAAGAAGAGGCUGCGUGCGGACAUGGUCGGCAUGGAUAGAGCUGAGGCUGCCAUCAAGAGAUACAGAAUUACUGCUUCCAAUAUUCACGAGUCAACGACCACGAGCACGACCCCAGUACGUCACGACUUGCAACCAGUAAAAAAACCGUCAUCGUCCAGACAGUCACUACACCAAACUGCUGGUGUAGCAAAAGAGCCUGAGAUCAAGUUUGAGAUGCUUGAAGUUGCUAUCGAUGAGCAGCGAAAGUCGUUAUCGACUUCAGAGCAACCACAUUUGUCAUAUGAUUCUACCGACUUUUACUUCAGCAGUAGGUCAGCUGAGGCCUCGGCCCUGACUACUACGUCGGAGAGUAAUCCUACUAACCUGAUACCUUCAGCCCAGCCUACGUCCGACGUGCAAGCCUCAAUCUUACCUUCAGAGCCUCUUCUGCCCGAUCGACCAAUGUCCACGCGAGACACUGUUGUCGAGCACGUGCUUGAGGCUUCAGCUCCGGGCUCAGCUUCCAUGAUCAAAUCUAAUAUUGAUCAUGAACCUGUUCGACGGAUGCAGAAUGGGCAAAUGCAGAGGUCUACUGAAGAAAUGCGCCUCGAGAAAGACGGUACUGCAAGCAUUGAUAAACCAUUAUCUCCCCAACCCCUAGACACACAGACGCUAGCUCAUGAUGCUGGCACAGCUGUAUGUCCUGCUGGUCCGACCGUGAAUUCAUCUCUACCAAUGUCGUCAAAGCGAAAAGCUACCAAGCCCGCUGGAGUUCCUCCGAGCAAGAAGCGCAAGUCAGCAACCUCUGCAGCUGAAGCGGAGUCGUUCUCGUCUACUGGGUCCAUUAAGAGUGUUCUCAGAGUCCGAAAGGUGGCGGACCAACCUCCCGACUAUGUAACCUCUCCACGUCUUUCCUUUCAGAAACCUGGUCUCGACAUGGAGACCUCUAUCGAUGAACCGAGCACGAUUGUCCCGACUGCUAAGGCUCGAAAUUUGAAAAGUAUUUUGAAGCCGAAGCAUGUAUUCUCCCCUCACCCAACGCCUCCUUACGCUGCUGCCUCCUCUCGUCCUUCGCGACAAGAUACCAUGGCUAGUGGUCAGGGUGCUCUUGUACACAAUAGAGGGGACAGGUUUGACCUUGACGGCGCAAUGGACGAACUCGGGAGCUUUCUAAGCUCUUGGGAUGCCGAGAAGAGCGCAUUGCAUAUAUGA